AUGCGGAGGUGCCCUAGGGUCAACAGCAGCCUGUCCAGUGAUGAACUCCUCCUCGAAGACUUGGAGACAGAAGGAGAGAGGCAGCUGAAGAGCCUCCUUCACCAUCAGCUUGAUACCACUGUCUCCAUUGAGCAGUGCAAGUCGAAGCGAAGAUGCUUUGCUCCUGCAGCUUUUUACAAGCCUUUUGGGGAAGAGGCUGCAGGGGCCUUGACGUUGUCACAGUUCCAGGCCCUGCAGGAGAGUGACAAAGAAACUGCCUCUCUCCGGGAACUGGGGCUCUCUGACUCGGAGAUCCUGCUCUGGAAGAACCAAGCUUGCACAGGGAAGGGCUCUGGGCUGGGAGCAGCCCCAGAGGCAACACAGGAGCGACUCCAUGCCAUCCAGGAGAAGAUGGAAGAGCGUCAGCGCAUCCUGGCUCUGCCCCAGAGGUUUGCUGGCAGCAAGCAGCUGAGCCGGCGGGAGAUGGAGAUUGAGAAGGCUCUCUUCCAGGGGACCGACCGCCACUCCUUCCUCCGGGCACUCUACCACCAAGAUGACACUCAGAAGAGGGUAACAGAUGAAAAGGACCCCAUGGUUCAUCUAGAGAGUGUCUACCAGGAGUUGCUGAGCAAGAAGUGUCCUGAAGAAGUCCAACCUACCAACAGUGACUCACGCUUGUGCUCUUCCCUGGUCCCACAGGGGCCUGUGGCUGAGGGCUCAUCAAUUCCAGACCAGGAAGAGCAGGCAGAACAGGUGAAAAGUCCCACCCUUUCUGCAGAAAGUCCCCACCAGUCCCCUUCAAAGGUUGUGAUCAUCAAAAACCCUGUAGAGUUUAUCCCAGAAGAGGAGAUCUGCAAGAACCGUCUCUCAGAGGAAGAACUACGGAAGAUACCCAAGUUCUCAUCUUACCAUCCUGGGGAACCCAGUAAGGUGCUGUAUUUGAAGAACCUGGGCCCUCGAGUGACAGUGAAGGACCUAGUGUCCUUGUUUGCACGAUUCCAGAAGGAGGACAGUGCCCCCAUCCAGUUCCGCCUGCUGAGUGGCCGGAUGAGAGGUCAGGCUUUCAUCACCUUCCCUGAUAUUCAAUCAGCCCAGGAUGCCAUGCUCUUGGUGAACAGGUACAAUCUCCAAGGGAAGCCACUGGUGAUUGAAUUUGGGAAAAGCAAGGGGCACUCAUCAGGGACUGACUCUGCCAUCCUUGCUUCCUCUGCUGGAGAGAACUCCACUGCCAAGUAAGGGAUGGAUAACCAGGACCCUUGUGGAUUACCAUGGAAUGUGGGAACUCCUUGGCUGUAACUGGACAGUGAAGGGCUGCUGGGAGUUAACAUGCAGAUCCAUAAAUCUGAAAGUAGAGAAGGGGGAGAGCUAAGGACUAGGCUUUUGAGGUAGAUGGGCCCUGUCUUUACACUCUUGGGAGUGUACUUGCUUUUUCUUCCUGCUCUAUGUGUGUGACUGCCUUCUCAGCCAUCUGUGGGAAGGAGGGA